AUGGCUCGCGCUCGGACCGCGGUGGUGCUGCUGGCGGUGCUGGGCCUGCUCGCGGCCGGCGUGCACGCCGCGCCCCCCUCAAGUGGCAGCACUGGCACCCUUGACCUCACGCAACAGUCCUCAGUGAGUGCGCAGGGCCCCGCGCGCCUCGGCCCCACCUGCUUUGACAGCAGCACAGCAGAGCUGCGGCCGGGGGCGGACACGACCAACCAGAGGGUGCGGGUGAUGUCCAAGACAGGCACAGUGACGGGAUCCAUCACCCAAGAUGCCGUCGCCAACGACCGCCUGAAGCAGAAGAUCUUGGUCGUCGCCCCCGCGCGGGCCAACACCGAGGGCCUCACCCUGUCGUCCACCGGCACCGCCGACAAAGUGCAGCGCAACAUCGUCUGCGCGGGCGGCGGCGACGGCUGCCGCGGCACGGAGUGA